AUGGUUUCUGAAAGCUUUAAAUUAGUAGGAAGAGAUGUAAGUUUGAGUUUUUUUAAAUUUUAAGUUUUGAUUUUUGAAAAUUUGGUAAUAUAGCCGUAGAUAAUUUUGUGAAAUAGCCUUUGUAAGGCUUGACGAUUAACUAGAACGUAGUCAAAAACAAUAUUGUUUUCGAACUUUAACUAUUAAAACUUAACUUAUUAAAACAAUGUUUACAGGUAUGGAAUCAAAUUAUAGAUCUUCUCCUUUACGACAAUCCAAAGACCUUGGAGUCAUUAGUGUUUGCCAGUAAAUACUUCGCUGAACUUUUGGAUCCUUUCUACAAAGAUUUGUGUAUAAAAAACAAGAUUUAUAAACUACCGAAUGAAUAUUGGGCACAUGCUUUUUAUGAGUAAGUUUUAGCACUAUUAAAGUAGUCAGGGUUGGUCGGUUGAGGAGAGUGGUCAGAGUUGAGCCAAAUAGAGGCAAGGGUAGCUAGGGAAAGUACUAUAGUAAAUAUAGGAUAAAAAAUUCCGUUAUAUAUAGGAUACGAUAGGGUAAGGUGAAGUAGAGUGGGGUACUGAAGUGUAGGGAAAGGGUAGGGUAAAGUAAGGUAUAGUAGGGUAGGGUAGAGUUAGGUAAGGUACGGUAAGGUAAGAUAAGGUAAGGUAGGGCAGGAUAGGGUAGGGUAGGUACCUAUAGCCGAUGCUAGAUUUUGAAAACUGUCUUUAAAACCUAUGUUAAUAUUUUUUUCAGUGCACCACGCCGAGUAUACAAUAUAGGACUAGUGAUUAGUAAGCAGUUGGUAUUCUGCUUGGAUACGGACAAGUUUGCCCUUCAUUUUAAAAAUUAUGUUGUUGUAUCGAGCUUGGAUGUUGGGUUAGAUUACUAUCGAUACAUCAAAAUUGAGUUUGAUGUCGGUCAUAUGGCGUUAAUUAAAAAUGGGACUAUUAUUAGUAUUUGGGUAAGAAACUUGAUAUUUUAGGUAACAAAAAUUGAAUUUUUAGCUUUUUAAUUAAUUUUAAAAUAAAAGAUUUAAUUUUUUUUUAUUUUGGAACAUAUAAUAUACAUAAAUUUAAUUUUUACUGUAUAGUACCUAUCCUUAUACUUACAUUUAACACAACUUUCAGCAUCAACAACGCCGCAUAAGCACCGUAUACAUAUAUGAUGUAGAAAGCACCAAUCUUCUACACAAAUCCGCUUUUAAAGGAAAAACUACAGUAUCCAAUGGUUCAGGUUAUAAUCACCAAAACGGUAUUAUUUUUAACGCGUACGAUCAAAAAGAGUACCAAAUUUACCGAGAAAAUGUUGAUUCUUUCAAUUGUUAUUACUCAACGGCUGAAAAUUUACAGUAUUUUGUGCUGUUUCAUGCUAAAGGAGUUACUGUUGUAAAUUGUUUGAAUGAGAUUGUUUAUGAGAGAAUUGAGAGGAUUGGAUUUUAUAAUAGUACUAACUUUUUUAUCAUACCGAACAGUGGAUUCAUGUUCAAUAUUAGUGGUAAGUGUUGUAUAUAGUAUAAUACGUAUGAAAUACCAAGGUACAGUAAACUCUUGAUAUGGGCCGGUUUUGAUGUAAGGGUGUAUACUUGUAAUGAGGUUCUGCCAGACUCAAUCUUUUACUUUGUUCUCAUAUGCUGGGUCGGCCCUUUACACAUGUCUUAGUCCAAGUCUUAACCCAGAACCCUAUCCCAGAGCCGUAGCCCAGAGCCUUACUGGCCUCAGUCCCAACCCCAGCAGUAACCCUAGCCUAUAGCCCUGGAAUUAGCGCCAGCUUUAGUCCUAGCUCAGGCUCUAGAAAUGGCAGCUGGCCCAGGCUUAGUGGGUCCUUUUCAAUUCUAUAUAAUAGUCAUUAUGUUAUAACCUAUUAUCUUUUUAUGUUUUUCAGAAGUCAAAUCUACAAUGACAAUUUACAACGCCAAAAACGAAGAGUAUUCAGUGAUAAAAAUGAAAGAACCAUACUCAAUAUGGGUCAUGUUGAGUGAUUACAGUGUUGCCAACUAUUCUACAGGGAAAGUGAGUUUUUAAAGUUAAAUUAUAAUAGUGAAACACAGUAAAAAUUCUGUAUAACGUAUUGCGCAGGGAUUUAACAUGUAAAAAUUGUUGGUUAUAAAAAAGUUUCGUUAUGCAAGAGUUUUAUAUUUUAAAAAAUUACUCUACUUAUGGGUAGAGUAGGCUUGUAUUUACAUUUGUCUAUUUAAUAAUGUUUUUCAGGUGCUAUACUACGAUAAAGAAGCAAAGUCUUGGAAUGAAUAUCCACAAAAAUUCAAAAAGUUUUGGGAUGGACCAUACACUAGAAGCUUUAACGAACAUGAAGAUUCCAAUGCUAGAAAUUUUGGAAUUUACAAGGAAAAAUGGAAAAGCCCUAAGGGUUUGAAAGUGCUCACUUGGCAUAGGGGUGAGUUAUAGAAGGGCUUACUUAUUGUUAGAGUAAAAUUAUUUUUUAUCUAAAAUUGGUUAGAUAAUACGAUUUGAGAGCUUAGGGUGACGGUUUGUUCCGUUCGGACUUAAAAUAAGCAGCUAGUUCAGCCCGGAUCGUCCGGGCCUAAGAUUAGCAACUAGUUUAUGAUCAGACCAACUCGAUUGCCGAUACAAAUAGUGGUUGAAAAUUAAAAAAAAAGUUUUUAAAAAUUAUUUGAAAGCAAUUUUCAGACCGACCUUUAUUUAUUGUGAUUGACAAAAUGAUGAGAAAAAACGAACACUACUUUGAGUAUUUGAUAAAGAAAUUGGAGCGAAAAAUAGAUGUAGAUCAACCAAGUACCUCAAAACGGCCAGCAAAACGAAAAAUUCAGGAAUGA